GCGGCGGCAGCAGGGCCGGAGGAGGGAAGAAAAAGGGAGGCAGCGCCGGGCAGAGAAGGAGGGCAGCGGACGGAGGCGUCGCCUUUAAAUGCUCUCAGCCGGGCGGCGGCGCGAAGGCAGCGCGCGUGGAGCCUCCGGGCAAGGGGAAGAAAAUAAUAAUAAUAAUAAGAAAAAAAUAAAAUAAAAUAAGAAAGCGCUCCGAUGCGUCCUGGACCAUGAACAGCCUAGCCGGCUCCGCCGCCCUGCGGGAUUCCCUUGCCGCUCCGCCGUCUCUCUGAAGCCCCACUCCGGCUGAUGCUUCCUCCUCCGCCAGCAUGUCCCGGCGAAAGAUCUCCUCAGAAUCCUUCAGCUCGCUCGGUUCGGACUACCUGGAGACCAGCCCGGAGGAGGAAGGCGAGUGCCCCGUGGCCAGGCUUCUCUGGAACGGCAGCCGGAGCCCCGCUGCCCAGUCCGGGGCCACCACUCCGGUGGCUACCGUUCCCCCGCCGCCGGAGGCUGCGGCGGCUGCGGCGGGUCUCCCCGGCCCGGUCCCCGCGGGUUCCCGGAGGGCUCCUCGCAGAAGGCGGGUCAACCUCGACUCCCUGGGCGAGAGCAUCAGCCGCCUCGCCGCCCCCACGCCACAGACCAUAAGGCAGACUCUCCAGAGGACACUCCAACAUUAUGAGCAUCAAGUUAUUGGUUACAGGGAUGCUGAAAAGAAUUUCCAUAAUAUUUCCAACCGAUGCUCCUAUGCAGACCAUUCUGGCAAUGAUGAAACUGAAGAUGUCUCAGGAAUUCUCCAGCGUACAGCAAAUAUUCUUGGCUUAAAGUUUGAGGAGCUACAAGAGAAGUUCGGGGCUGAAUUCUUCAAUAUCUGCUUCAGUGAGAAUGAGAGAGUCCUUCGAGCUGUGGGUGGCACCUUGCAAGAUUUUUUUAAUGGCUUUGAUGCUUUGCUGGAGCACAUAAGGACUUCGUUUGGGAGGCAGGUCACUUCAGAAUCCCCUUCUUUCCUAUGCAAAGAGCUCCCUGAAGGCAACCUUAUGCUUCACUGCUUCCAUCCCCAUCAGAUCGUUGGGUUUGCCAUGAUGGGCAUGGUGAAGGCAGCAGCAAGGAAGAUCUACCAACUGGAUGUCGAAGUGGAACAGAUUGUAAACGAUAAACUAUGUUCUGAGGACCUAAACCCAGGCAACUGCAGCUGUCUCACUUUUAUUAUCAAAGAGCGUGAAAAUGCAAAGAUCACAAAAGCGCUUCCUCUGGGGACAUCUCAGUCCCCCUCAGAUCUGAGGAUAAGCAUUAACACCUUCUGCCGUGCUUUUCCUUUCCAUCUGAUGUUUGAUCCCAGCAUGUUAGUACUGCAGCUGGGUGAAGGACUAAGGAAGCAGCUGAAGUGCGAGGUUCAUAAGACGUUGAAGUUCCAGGACUGCUUUGAAAUUGUUUCUCCAAAGAUUGCAGCCGUGUUUGAACGUGUCUUGCUGAGACUGUCCACCCCUUUCGUGAUCCGAACCAAACUUGAAGCCUCUGGCUCUGAAAAUAAAGACAAGGUCAUGGAAAUCAAAGGACAAAUGAUCCACGUCCCAGAAUCAAACUGUAUUUUGUUUUUGGGCUCACCAUGUGUGGACAAGCUGGACGAACUGAUGGGUCGAGGCCUCCACCUUUCAGACAUACCAAUUCACGAUGCUACCCGUGAUGUCAUCCUUGUCGGGGAGCAGGCUAAAGCCCAGGAUGGCUUGAAGAAGAGGAUGGACAAGCUUAAAGCAACCUUAGAACGAACACACCAAGCUCUAGAAGAGGAGAAGAAGAAAACUGUGGAUCUUCUUAUCUCAAUCUUCCCAGAAGAGGUAGCUCAGCAGCUUUGGCAAGGGCAGCAAGUUCAAGCCAGAAAAUUUGAUGACGUUACCAUGCUCUUUUCAGACAUUGUUGGCUUCACUGCUGUCUGUGCCCAGUGUACACCCAUGCAAGUGAUCAGUAUGCUCAAUGAGCUGUACACCAGAUUUGACCACCAGUGUGGAUUCCUAGAUAUCUAUAAGGUGGAGACAAUAGGGGAUGCAUACUGUGUGGCGGCCGGGCUCCACAGGCAGAACCUGAAUCAUGCAAAGUCAAUUGCUCUGAUGGCCCUGAAGAUGAUGGAGCUGUCAGAGGAGGUGCUCACACCAGAUGGAAGACCAAUUAAGAUGAGAAUAGGGAUUCACUCAGGAUCUGUUUUGGCUGGAGUUGUUGGGGUGAGAAUGCCCAGAUAUUGUCUCUUUGGCAACAAUGUCACCCUAGCAAGCAAGUUUGAGUCAGGAAGUCAUCCACGUCGCAUCAACGUCAGCCCAACGACCUACCAGCUUCUGAAAAAGGAAGAAAAUUUUAUCUUCAUUCCUCGGUCCCGUGAAGAGCUUCCAGACAACUUUCCAAAGGAAAUUCCUGGGAUUUGUUAUUUCCUGGAGGUCAGAACUGGUCAGAAGCAGCCAAAGUCUUCUGUCGCAUCUGCCAGAGUGAGAAAAAUAUCCUACAACAUUGGCACCAUGUUCCUUCGGGAAACAAGCCUAUGAAGCCUGUUGCAGAUCAAAGACUCAUCAAAAAAGCACAAGCCCAGAACUGGGUCAUGACAAGAGAGAGGAGAUUCUUUCUUUUUCACUGCAUUGUUCCAAGAAAAGCAGUAAAAGCUGUGUGAAAUGUCAGGCAAUAAUUCUUUUUAAAGGUGGGUGAUUGUUGUCAGUAAACAAACUGGAAAGUGGCAAACAAGGGAGCAGGGAUUUCUUUUCUUUUUCUUUUUUUUUUUUACAAAAUUCAAAUUAAAACAAAAUAUUUCUCUGUUGCCAGAGAAUCCUAUUGGUUAUAAAUGUCAGAAUGUUGGGGGGUUUAUUUGGUUUUGUUUUAGAAAAGGAAUCUAAAUUAAACAACUGUGCUUGGGAGAUAUCCCAAUAAAUCAAAGGUAGCUUGUAAGCUGCCUGGUUAUCAUUGGAUGCUAACUCCUAUCCACUAACAUGGCCAGGAAUAAUGAGGGUCAUCGUGCCAUAUUAACGUUAAGAGGGGCCGGGGUUGCUAACCGUAACAUCCAUUAAAAUAGAGUACUUUGUGGAUUGUGUUGCUUUCUUCUGAAAUGGGCCAUUGUUAUAUGCAAGUGUUGAACCCUUACUACUGUUCUUAUCCUCUUUUUAUCACAAUAGAAUCAGGAUUCUCCUGAUCUUUUAAUCAUGUGCACCUAAACAAUUUAUACAAGAGUUGUAAACAGUGUUAAGCCAAAGUUCAACCAGAGAUUGGUCAGAUUAUGAUACAUUCCUACAUUUGAGGGAUUUAUUGCUGUGGGUGAAAACAUUUCUGGUUGAUUGCCGUUCUUUAACCACUUCAUACAGAUACUGUAAAGAUUAUUUAUAACCUUUUUAGCAGAAGAAAAAUUUAAUUUGAGAUAUGAUGUAUUAAGGAUUUUACCCUUUUUUUAAAACCUACAUUUCACUUUUAGGGCAAUAUUCUAUAGCAACUAUGAAGCUGGCCAGCUUGUUUAUAUUUGAUAGGUAUCCAAUUUCUGAAGUUGGAUGAUUAUGAUACACUAUUUUAUUGCAGUCUGCAAAGAAUGAUAUUUUAGCGAUUUUCAUUUUCUUCCAUAUGUUUUAUCCAUCCGUGCCCAUGUUCACAUUAUUCAUGCUAAUAGUAGACGUCCAAUAUUGGGAUAGUAUUAGAAAAAGCCAUGAUGAUCAUGUCUGUGGAAAUUCUGUCAUCCAGGUCAUCCUUGUCUCAAAGGUGCUUUUUUUCUUCAAAAGGCAACUGGACUGGUUUUCUUUGAGGAAGAAGAAGAAAAUAUUUUGCUUCUCAUCCAAGAAGCUUCAUCAGUUCUGAUGACAGG